UCCAGUUAUCUCGUGAUUGCUAAACAUGGGGCGGUUGAAUUUCUCCUGACGUCUUUAUUUCUCGAUGAAUUUAUCACUGUUGCUAAUUACCAGUUACUAAGUAUGAUUUCACAUCGAUUAACGAGUUCACGAUUGAAUGCACGAUGAAUUCGUUUGAAGAUGACAUGUUCGCGCUCAGUGACGAGGAUUUACCUUUACCGAUAUUGGAACCAGAAUGUAAUCCGGUAGAGGAGCAUUUAAUGAAACAAUUAUCCGACGUACAGAGUCGAAUUGAAAAAACAAGUAACGAUAUCAAAGAGAUUCAAGAUACAACGAGACACGUCUUGAAAGCUUUACACCAACAAGCCCAGUUCGGAGAGCAAGUGUCCUCGGAUUCUGACAGCAACUUGUACGAUGUAGAUGGACAACCGGUGGUGAAGAAGAAAAAACAUGGAAUUCGUAAGCACGAUCAGAUUUUAGUUGUACAAAGUAAUUGGAAGUACAUUUUUCACGACAAGUGGGUUAUCGGUAUAGUACUACAAAAUACUUCAUCCGAAACGGUAUGCGAUCCGGAGGUUUACGUAACCCUGAAAGGGCUGGACGAAAUCGCUGGUGCAUCGAUGAUUUGGUCAUCGACGGAUUGCGCGUUUUGGUACCGAACGAACGCGAUUCAGCCUCGCAAGGAAGUCGUAGCCACUGUAGUCUUGGAUUUACCAAAGUUCGACGAGGAUUCCUUUUGCGACGCUUACGGUACGAUUUCGUACCAAGUCCACGAGAAGCAAUACCAAACUGCCGUACCCGCCAUUCGUCUUCUCGUCGAAGAGACGGUCGAUAACAGUUGCUGCGUAAAGUUCUCGGUCAAUGUGGAGCACAGUAUCUUGGCGUUGAAAAGCACGUCGAUAGAGAAGACCGUCGGCAUACAAAUCGAGACGCAUCCUGGGAGAGGAGAACGCCUUUUCGAGUUCCUCGAAGAGAAAUCAUUCAAGGAAAUCUGUGCAGACGCCUACGUCGUCAAAACGACCGGAUGCCUCAUGUUCUGCCUUAUCGAGAUCUUGCCCGUUGUCGACGGAGAGGCCAGAUUGAGAAUCUUUUCUAGAUCUACUACUCAAAUGAAUAUAAUAUCGCGACUUCUGAGAGACCAGUUCCCUGACAUGAUCGUUCACGACGACGAUGAACGGAUUCUCGCUGCGUUGGCUUUUAUAGAGGAGUUAAAAUUGUACCUUCGAGACGGAAAUACCACCGAACGGCAAAUGGCGAGAAUUAAAACUGACCUACUUAUCCCGCGAUGACGGUAAGGCAGAUUUCCUCCGACGCCACGUAAGUGGAUAUAAAUCCUGUUCUUCUUUAUACUGUAAUUCGUUCCCGUUCGUUCCCAUUAGUCGAUAGGAGAAAGCUACCUAAGAAAGUCAUUUUUGUAUCGUUAUUUUCUUCUAAUAUAUUUUAAUAAUUUUAUAAAAAUAUGUAUGAUAAAUAAUAUAUUCUAUGUACGUGUUAUUAAAUUAAUAAUUACUUGGAGAA